GUGUCCUGUUUUUUUCUUCAGCUAAACACAGAAACUUAUUCUCUUUCAAUCUUCUUCUUCUUCCUUUUUUUUGCCCUACUUUAGUGGGGUUUAAGAAUUCAUUCUUCUGAUACAAUUCAAGCUUUCAAGGUCUAUACUUGGCCUGCGUUUUUCUAGCGUUUUCUCUUGCUGGGUGUUGCGUUUUGGGAUUCAACCAUGCCUGCUCUUGUUAAUUACACCGGUGAUGAUGAUUUCUGUGUUGGGGGGGCCUUUUAUACAAAUUCCAGAGACUCGGGUAGAUCAUGUUCGAUCAGUUCCCAAGUGGAUCUCUAUUGCCCUUCUCGUAAGAGAGCUCGAAUUACUGCCCCUUUUCUCUUUGGGGAAACCGAGUUUGAGCAGAAUAAUCAACCAUCAAUCAACGUCCUGCCUGAUGAAUGUCUUUUUGAGAUCUUCAAACGCCUUUCUGGGGGCAAAGAAAGGAGCUCCUGUGCUUGUGUUUCGAAGCACUGGCUUAUGCUCUUGACCGGUAUUCGUAGGAGCGAGUACGAGUCAUCGAAGGUCGUCAAGGAGAAUAUCGUUUCAGUUUCUGACGAUGUUGAGAUGAUCUUGUCUGAUGAAAGUGAUGGGUAUCUUACAAGGUCCUUGGAAGCGAAGAAAGCAACUGACACGAGGCUUGCUGCGGUCGCUGUUGGAACGAGCGGUCAUGGUGGUCUUGGAAAGCUUUCGAUUAGGGGAAGUACCUCUUACCGUGGAGUAACUGAUUUCGGGCUAUCCGCUGUUGCCCGUUGUUGCCCUUCUCUGAAGGCGCUUUCUUUGUGGAAUGUCCCGCGUGUUGGAGACGAGGGUUUGUCUGAAAUAGCUAAUGAAUGCCAUUUGUUGGAGAAGCUUGACCUUUGUCAGUGCUCUUCUAUUACAAACAAGGGUUUGACUGCAAUUGCAGAGCACUGCCCUAAUUUGACCGCUUUGAGCAUCGAAUCUUGCCCAAAGAUUGGUAAUGAGGGCCUCCAAGCUAUCGGAAAGCUUUGCCUCAAGCUGCAGUCCAUUUCUAUCAAGGACUGCCCACUUGUUGGGGAUAACGGAGUUUCGAGUCUGUUUUCACCAGAACAUUCUAUCCUUUCAAAGGUGAAGCUUCAGGGGUUGAACAUCACAGAUUUUUCUCUUGCUGUGAUCGGGCAUUAUGGAAAGUCCGUGACAAAUCUAAUGCUCGGUGGUCUACGAAAUGUGAGCGAGAAGGGAUUUUGGGUCAUGGGGAAUGCUAAGGGUCUGCAAAAGUUGGUCUCUUUGAUGAUUACUUCUUGCUUGGGGGUAACAGAUGUGAGUCUUGAAGCCAUGGCAAAGGGAUGCUCGAACCUUAAGCAGAUGAGCCUUCGCAGGUGUUGCUUUGUUUCUGAUCAUGGGUUGCUGGCUUUUGCCAAGUUUGCAGGUUCUCUUGAGGGCCUGCUAUUGGAGGAAUGCAACAAGGUCACACAAUUUGGGAUUAUUGGUGCCCUCUCAAACUGUGGAUUGAAAUCUCUGGCCCUAGUGAAGUGCAUGGGAAUUAAGGAUGUGUCCUUGGAAGCUCCUUUGUCCUCCCCUUGCAGUUCCCUUAAAUCCUUGUCGAUAAGGAACUGCACAGGCUUCGGGACUUCCAGCCUGGCUAUGGUGGGAAAAUUGUGCCCUCAGCUUCAGCAUGUAGAUUUGAGUGGGCUUUAUGGCAUCACAGAUGCUGGUCUUCUACCUCUUCUCGAGUCUUGUGUAGCAGGACUUGUGAAGGUGAAUCUGAGCGACUGCUUAAAUUUGACCGACGAGGUAGUUCUGGCCUUGGCCAGGCUACAUGGAGGUACCCUCGAGUUGCUCAAUCUCGAUGGUUGCAGGAGGAUUACCGAUGCAAGUUUGGUGGCAGUUGCAGACAAUUGUGUCUUCCUCGGUGAUCUGGAUGUGUCAAGGUGUGCAAUCACCGAUGCUGGUGUUGCCGCCUUGUCCCAUGCAGAACAACUAAUUUUGCAAGUACUUUCUUUCUCAGGUUGCUCCGGAGUGUCGAACAAAAGCAUCCCAUUCCUGAAAAGAUUAGGCAAGACCCUCUUGGGGUUGAAUCUCCAGCACUGCAAUUCAAUCAGUAGUGGAACUGUUGAGCUCCUUGUAGAGAGCUUGUGGAGAUGUGACAUCCUUUUCUAAUAUUAUCAUUCAGCACAGGUUUUUUGGUCCAACAAACCGGUCAUGCUCAUUGCUCUAUGGCUUGGUGUUUUCCUGGGUACCUUGGCUUGUUUUUCGGAUGGCCUGUCCAUCCCAUUUUUUGCAGGCUUUCUUGACACGGGAAAGUCUGAUGUAAUGUUCGAGCCCCCGUCCACCGGAGGCAUUUUCGUAGCCUCGGUUCACGGAGAAUUCUAUGUUUGGGUGUCUGUAUGACUUUGUUUUGUGCAGUUCUAUGUUUGGGUGGCUUCAGAUUGAUGGGGCUUUUUUGGCUGGUGGCAAUGAGUAAAU